AUGGCGCAGGACUCGCACGAACCCUCGGGGGCCACCUUGGGCUAUUUGGCCCCAAUCUGCGUCGCCGUCUUCUUCAUCAUCGUCUGGAUCAUCUUCGGCACGCGACAGCGCUUUAGGGCAUCCAACCGCCAAACCGACCCAGAGGGCUGGCCGCUGGGCUUCCCCCACGCCAUCCUGACCUCAACCGAUCUAAAUGCGCGGUUUCCCUUGAUCAAAUAUAGCGCCUGGUCAACGGCCCACCGGGAGGAAUCUUCCAAAGAGAUCGAGGUCGACCCAGGCCCUCACCCGAGCCAAGAGUCUGCGCCAGCCUCGCCCUCGGCUCCGUCGUUCGACGCCGCAGAGAAAGAAGUCCAGUCCCCAUCUGUGGAGAAGGAUAUUGCUUCUAGCCAUGGCGAUGCCCAUAGGGAGUGCGCUAUCUGCAUGGAAGACUUUGAUGACGACAAUUUCAUUCGCGCUCUAACCUGUGGUCACAUCUUCCAUGCCACUUGUCUUGACCCAUGGUUCAUGAAACGGCAAGCCCGGUGUCCUCUGUGCAAGACGUGCUACUAUCCCGAGACUGCUUCUUCGGCUCCUACAAGGCCAGCGGCUGCGUUGAUCAGGAAUCAAAUCUUUCCGCGCGUGCUCUAA